AUGGGAAGUCAGUUUGUUGCCAAGUUCUGGCAGGAGUUUUUGCAAGUGGCAGGGAUCGAGCAGGGGCUUAGCUCUGCCUAUCAUCCCGAGGCCGGUGGAACAAAACCUUCUAUUAUUCCUACGGGCUCAACUUUGGUUGUGAAUAGUGGGGAAGAAUUAAAGUUGUUGUGUAAGGAUGAUGGCCCGGUGACCUGGGAUUUUCAGAACUCGGACCCAUCAGGAAUGCCAAAGAAUUCAGAAAAUAAGGAGCUAUACAUACCUCAGUCAAGAGCCAAAGAUACAGGAACAUACACAUGCAAAAACAGGGAGAGCUUGAACAGUUCCAUUUAUGUUUUUGUUAAAGACCCACAACACCUGUUCCUUCUCGAGUCUCUCAUCUUUGCAAAGGAAGACAGCGAUGCUCUUAUUCAUUGUGCAGUGACCGAUCCAGGUGUUCUAAAUUUCACUUUGAACAAAUGCUAUCGGAAACCUCUCCCCAAGAAUAUGGUAAUAGUUCCCGAUCUUCAGAAAGGAAUCACAAUCAAAAAUGUGCAAAGGUCAUUUCAUGGCUGUUACCAGUGUGUGGCACUGCAAAAUGGAGUUGAGAGAACAUCGGAAAUGAUUACUCUUGUUGUGAGAGCAGUUCACAAAUCCCUUCCAGUCAUCACUUUAUCCAAAGCAAACCAGCUUCUCAAAGAAGGUGAAGAAUUUCAAGUUACGUGUACAAUCGAGGAUGUAGAUAGCACUCUGCAAGCUAAUUGGAUUUUUCAAGGCAGCGCAAAUGUUACGAGGAAAAGCAAGAAUAUGGGUGAUUAUGGAUAUGAACAAAAAUUAACGUUGAGCAUCCGUUCAGUGGGAGUUAAUGAUUCUGGAGUGUUCCUGUGCCAAGGAAGAAACCCUUUUGGAACAUCCAAUGUCACUAUAACCUUGAAAGUACUAGGUAAAGGAUAUGUCAAUUUAUCAGCUACAACAAACACAACGGUAAAUGUCAAUGAUGGAGAAAAUCUGGAUUUAAUAGUGGUGUAUGAAGCAUACCCAAAACCAGAAGAGGAACUAUGGAUGUAUAUGAAUGAGACGCUGCAAAAUUCAUCUGACCAUUAUGUCCGGGUCACCAAUAUAGACAAAAACAGAUAUUCCAGUGAGCUUCACCUAACUCGACUGAAAGGAAUAGAAGGAGGGAUUUACACAUUUUUGGUGUCUAACUCAGAUGCUGCCUCAUCUGUUGCAUUUAAUGUCUUCGUGAACACCAAACCAGAGAUUCUCUCUUUGGACAGACUUAGCAAUGGCAUGUUCCAUUGCGUAGCAGCUGGAUAUCCUGCACCAACAAUAGACUGGUACUUUUGCCCGCCAACUGAACCAAGGUGUUCAGAUUCAGCCAGGAUAUCUCCAGUGAAUGUGAAGCCCAAUUACAGCACUUCACCCUUCCCUUCCUUUGGAAAGAUACUGGUUGAAAGCACCCUUGAUGCCAGCCGGUUCAAGAACAAUGGCACCAUCAAAUGCGAUGCUUCCAAUAAUGUUGCCAGCAGCUCAACUUUUUUUAACUUCGCGAUUAAAGAACAAGUCAGUACCCACACCCUUUUCACUCCUUUGUUAAUCGGCCUUGGGAUAGCAGCUGGAAUGAUGUGCAUCACCAUUCUGGUUCUCACUUACAAGUAUCACCAGAAACCCAAGUAUGAAGUUCACUGGAAAGUGGUUGAUGAAAUAAAUGGAAACAACUACGUUUACAUCGACCCAACGCAACUUCCCUAUGAUGACAAAUGGGAGUUUCCUAGAGACCGGCUGAGCUUGGGUAAGAUUCUUGGAGCUGGAGCUUUUGGGAAAGUCGUCGAAGCAACUGCCUAUGGCCUGUCCAAACCAGAUGGGGCAGUCAGAGUCGCCGUAAAAAUGCUCAAAUCCAGUGCCCAUUCCACUGAACAAGAAGCUUUGAUGUCAGAACUAAAAGUGCUGAGCUACCUGGGCAACCACGUGAACAUUGUGAAUCUGCUUGGAGCUUGCACUGUUGGAGGUCCCAUUUUGGUUAUCACGGAAUACUGCUGCUAUGGAGAUCUUUUGAAUUUUCUGAGAAGGAAACGUGAUUCCUUUAUUUUCCCAAAGCAUGAAGAAACAGCUGUUUACAAGAACCUGCUUUACCCAAAAGAACGCAUGUGUGAUGGCACCAAUGAGUACAUGGACAUGAAACCAGGAGUUUCUCAGAUCGUGCAUGCCAAAACAACCUCAAGGCAUCCAGGGAGGCCAGGUUCAUUUGCUAAUCAGGAUGUCACCGUCGCCAUUUUAGAAGAUGAUGAACUGGCUCUGGAUAUUGAAGAUCUGCUAAGUUUUUCUCACCAAGUGGCAAGAGGCAUGAGCUUCCUUGCCUCUAAAAAUUGCAUUCAUAGAGACCUGGCGGCAAGGAACAUCCUCCUGACUGACGGUCGCGUAACAAAAAUCUGUGACUUCGGCCUUGCAAGAGAUAUCAGGCAUGACUCGAAUUACGUGGUAAAAGGAAACGCCCGGCUUCCUGUGAAGUGGAUGGCUCCAGAAAGCAUUUUUGAGUGUGUGUAUACAUUUGAGAGUGAUGUCUGGUCCUAUGGAAUACUGCUUUGGGAACUCUUUUCUCUAGGAAGCAGCCCCUACCCUGGAAUGCCUGUGGAUUCCAAGUUUUAUAAAAGAAUCAAGGAAGGAUACAGAAUGUUCAGCCCAGAAUUUGCACCUGCUGAAAUGUAUGAGAUAAUGAAAAGUUGCUGGGAUGUGGAUCCUUUAAAGAGGCCGACCUUUAAGCAAAUUGUACCACUGAUUGAACAGCAGAUCUCAGAUACCACAAACCAUAUUUAUUCAAAUGUUACUUGUAACAUCUGCAGACCUGAAAACGACAGAGAUCACUCAGUAAGAAUUAACUCGGUAGGCAGCAGCGCUUCGUCCAAUCAGCCCCUACUCGUGCACGAGGAAGCUUGAAGACCGACUCAGCAAACCUAAAUGGAGAAUCUACUGAUGUCUGAGGCAUUUCGAGGGAACGACUACUUACUGUGCUUAUUUUAUCUACUGCUCCACUAAGGAUAGAAGGAAUACCGUAGUACUUUUCUUUUUCUCUGUUUUUUGUUUAAAACAUGUCCUGCUUAGAAACAAAAGCAGGUUUUCCCAUCAUAGUUAUAGUGUUGUUGUUGCUGUGUUUGCUAGAAUCUGUGUAUAGUUGCUGUGUUAUAUGCAUUUGUAGUACGGAAUGAGACCUGGGAGGGGGAAAUAACCAUAAUAAAACUUGGGAGUAGAAUUUAUGGGAUUUUUAAUGGAUUUUGAGAACGCAGGAAGCAGCUAAACAAGACAUGUGCAGUCCAUAAAUGGAUUGGAUUUCCUAACAUCUUUAGUGUUUUCUAAAGGCAGUCAUUGGGGGGUUCUGUUCAUUGGGGCCAAGGUGCUAGGAGAGGUGGGACAUAACCCUUGGUACCUGUACCAUUUCCAGGUUGAAAUCCCCCCUCCCAGAUCUGCUUAGUUGUCCCCCUGCUUCACAUGUCUGCAUCAGAUUGGGAAAACAGCACAAGGGCAGAAGGACCACCCAGCCAGUGUUGUCGCCCUGUGCCUAUUCCCUCCACCAUUCCCAUGGCUGCUGAUAAAUAAAAUUAAAAACCACAUCCCAGAUUUGCCACAGCUGGUCUAGUUGCACUCUUGAAUUCUUGAGUGCAAUCCUAAG